AUGGAAGAAAGCGAUUUAAAUGUUUUUAAAAAGGACGAAAUUCCUGCAAAGUCCAUUGAAGGGUGGAUUAUUAUAAUUACAAACAUUCACGGAGAAGCAAGGGAUGACUACAUAAAGGACGUUUUUGAAAAAUAUGGACAAGUAAAAAAUUUACAUUUAAAUUUAGACAGACGAACAGGUUUUUUAAAAGGAUAUGCAUUUCUUGAAUUUGAAAAUUUUGUUGAUGCAAAAAGGGCCAUUGAUGAAAUGGACGGAGCAACAUUACUAAAUCAGGAAAUUCACGUAGAUUGGGCAUUUGUUCAAGAAAAAAAUAAAAAUUGA